AACUUUAUAAGUAAAGAAGUUUUUGCCUUGACACCGGCAAAUUUUCCGCGAAAAAGCAUGAAACUCGAUGAAGGAGAAAAUGUGUUGCAGGAAGAUCCAUUUUGUCACGUUUUGCUUCAACAGCAUCGGGGAUCUCGUUGUGACAUGUGUUUUGAUUCAUCUGAUGACUUAAAAAAAUGCACAGGAUGUGGUGGGGUGUAUUACUGCAAUCGCCUUUGUCAGAAACGAGAUUGGAUGGUUCACAAGCUGGAGUGCAAAUGUCUGAAGGCUAUUGCUCCUAAGAUUCCGAUGGAUUCUGUGAGACUUCUGUUGCGAUUGGUCAUCAGUCAGAACCUCAAUCUUCCCAUGAACAAUCAGUGGUCGAGAACAGUUGAAGAUUUGAUGGCUCACACCGAUGAAAUCAAAGCUGACCCAGAUCGAAGUGAGCAGUUUGCAAAGUUUGCUUACACACUGUCAGAGUAUGCAGGGAAAACUGUCACCCUACCUGACUUGCACGGGCUUCUCAAACUGUUUGGAAAGAUGGUUAUCAACAGCUACACAAUAUAUGACGGUGAACUGAGAGACCUCGGUAUUGGGAUAUAUCUCAGUGCCAGCAAGCUCGAUCACAGCUGCCGACCGAAUGCUGUUGCCACAUUUCACGGUGUGACACUGGUAGUCCGAGCAGUGAGCGACAUUCCAGAUGGGACCAGUGACAAAGUGUUCAUUAGCUACAUAGACCAGUUGUCUCCCUUAGAAGAGAGGCAGGAGGCUUUGAGAAAGCAGUACUACUUCCAGUGUACAUGCGAGAAGUGUAAUGAUGAAGAAUUUAAGGAGACCAUGCUUAGUUUUUGUUGCCCAAAUUCUCAAUGUUGUGGAGCAGUAUGCCUCAACAAAAAACGUGUAUUUGGGAGAUGUCGGCUGUGUGGUAACUCAGACUUUCCUGCCAGUCUGAGGGAUGGAGCCAUGGCUGUACUAGACGAGUGUAAGACCAGAUUGGGGCAGAUACAGGAGAAAAAGAAAGACAAAAAAUGGAAAGCGGUGUUGGACAGUUGCAAGGACCUGCUUCAAAAAUCUGCCAGCAUCCUGCACGCCAACAACAUUUAUCUAGUCAGGGUUCUAGAUGCAGCAUUCUGUGCUGCAAUCGAGGUUGAAAAGUUUGAACUAGCUGCGAAAUAUGGACCUCGAACUCUGGACCCGUACAGACUCUACUACGGUGACAACAGCCCCAAUGUUGCACUGCAGCUGUUCAUGGUUGGCAAGAUACAGCUCUACCUCCAGGACAUGAAGACGGCCUUGAAGUUGCUGGAAAUGUCGCGGAAAAUCUUGGCCGUAACCCACGGCAUCGAACACAAGAUUUACAAGGAUGUGACGUUGUUUGUGGAACAGUGUAGGGAAGAGUUGAGAGUUCAGCUGGAGAAGUCGGUUUCUUAAUUGGUGUAUCAAUUGGGUCAGUUGAUAGUAAAUUGUGAUGUACACGUGGUCGGAUACUUAUUAAUUAUUAAUAAAUUCGGUGAGUUGCUAGUGAUUUGUUUAAUAAAUUCAGUCAGUUACUAGUAAACUGUUUAAAACUUAGGAAAGUUGCAUGUACAUUAUUAAACCUAAUUGGGUAUGUUUUAGUAAAUUGUUAAGUGAAUUGAGUCGGUCAAGACUUAAUUGUGAAGCAUUAUCCAGAUUGUUUCUAGUGUAUUGUUUAAUAAAUUUGGUCAGGUGGUAAUAAGAUGUUGAUUACAUUUGGUCACUUGCUAGUAAACUGUUAAAUGAA